GUUUCGAUUCUGCUGCGUCCUGGUCCUGCCUUAUAAAACACAUCUGGACCCGAGUAACAGCCUCUCAUCAUCCUCCACGGCCAUGGACCAGAAACCAGCCUAGGAAGGAUGAGCGGGAAAACCAUGAAGAAAGCUCGGACUGUCUUCGGAGCCACAGCUCCACCAUUCAUCGACUACCUGAAGGAUAUUCUGCGUCGAUAUCCCGAUGGCGGACAGAUUUUGAAGGAGCUAAUUCAAAAUGCAGAUGAUGCUCAAGCUACAGAAGUGGUUUUCAUUCAUGAUGAAAGGAGCUAUGGGACUGAGUCUCUAUGGACUGAUGAGCUGGGAAAAUACCAAGGUCCGGCUCUCUACGCCUACAAUGAUGCAGUGUUUACUGCUGAAGACUGGGAAAGAAUCCAGAAGGCAGGAAGGAGCGGCAAGCUCAAUGACCCAAACAAAAUUGGGAGAUUUGGAAUUGGAUUCAACUCUGUUUACCACAUAACAGAUGUGCCAAGUAUAUUCAGCUCAGAACACCUUGGACUGUUGGACCCCCAAGAAAAAAUAUUCGGGGACAGAAAUGGAGGCUUCCUGUGGUCUCUGGAUGACGCUGAACACCAAGAAGCUCUGAUGAAAACUCAAGAUCAGUUCAAACCUUUUCGAGACAUCGUUUCAGUUGUAGGCAAACAGAAAUGGUCGAAGAUCAUAGAGGAUCAAUACUUUCCUGGGACAAUUUUCAGAUUCCCCUUACGCAACGAGAAAUCUGGUAUUUCAGAUAAUCUGUACAAUUCCGAUAAGGUGGUUGAGCUUUUUGAUAGCUUCAUUGCAGAUGCGAGCUUAAGUCUCCUCUUCUUGAAAAGUGUAAGCUCGUUGUCUUUGAUACACAUUGAUGUUGACGGCACUCUUACCGUCAGACUUGAAAUUAAAUCUUCAGUCCACACAGAGGCCGCCUUGCCAGAAAAGAAAAAGUCAGUGAUUGAGGGGUUGACGAGAUUCAAGCUGAUAACCCACAACUCAGAAGACCACAAUGAAACCAAAUGGCUUGUCACAACCUGCACCAUGAAGGAGGGUCAUGAAAAAAAUCUUGAUGUUCUUGCCAAAAAGUUGAGUUUUUUACCUCGAGUUGACUUGGCAUUCCCCCUGGGUGAGGAGAAAGACUAUAGCGGGGGUCGACUGAGCUGCUUUCUCCCUCUCCCAAACAAUGAGUCCAAUAACACUGGUCUCCCAGUUCAUGUCAACGCCUGCUUUGGCCUGACUGACAACAGAAGACACAUCAAGUGGCAGGAAGAAGACCAGAAACAUGACGAACAUGCGUUGUGGAAUGAAUUGCUGAUGAAGGAGGUGCUCCCUAAAGCAUAUGUAAUGAUCAUUCAAGAUGCCAUCAAACUUUGCCAACAACACGUCCUCCCCGUCUCGUCUGUGUACAGCCUGUGGCCCGAUCUCGAUCGCCUGCAGCACAAAGAGAAAUGGCACACUGUCGCUAUGGAAGUUUUUCAUCACUUGUUCAAGCAGAAUCUACCAGUCCUCUCUCUUGCUAAAGAUGAAAAGAAGUUCAUUUGUCUGUCAGAGGCUGUGCUACCCUGCAACGGCCCGACAAAUACCAGCGUGCUGGCUGCCAUUGAAAGAACUUUGGUUUCUUGUGGAGAGAACCUUGUCACGUUACAAGCCAGUGUUGUUAGAGCCAUUAAGGCCUUUCCACAAACUACUCUUAAACAAGUGACUCCAAGCUACAUCAGGAAAGUUCUCCACAGAACUGGUGUGCAUAACCUCUCUAGAGAAGACAAACUUUGUCUUUUGGAGUACAUAUUGAGUGAUGGACAGUACAAAGAACUGAAUGGUCUUCAACUUCUCCCACUCAGCGAUGGCUCUUUCAGAUCUUUCACAAACAGAGAUGAGGAUACAGCUUUGAUUAGCAGUAAACAUUUUCCAAGAACCCUGCUCCCAUACUGCAAACACCUCUUCAUCCCACAUGAUCUUGGUUCGACUUGCACAACCCACCUGAAAGAACUGGCCAAACAACAGUUAUUCAAAGUCACCAACAUUAAUGCUGACCAUGUGGUUCAGUAUACAAGAAGAUUUGUGCCUCAGGAAUGGAAGCAGAAUGGGACCGCUCUUGUUACGUGGAACACCGACAACGCCUCCCAUCCACCAUUAGAAUGGAUCCAAGAAUUCUGGAAGUUUCUCAACACACACUUCAAAGAGUUAAGUUGUUUGACUGAAUUACCUCUGAUACCAGUCAGUCCCCUGUCAGUCGGUGAACCGGUCACACUGGCAAAGCUAAAGCAGAACACAACCCUCAUUUCUCAGAAAAGUAAGCAGAAUAGUUUGCCAAAACAACUAGCUCAGCUGGUUUCCAACGUUGGUGGCACAGUGUUGAGAGGAAAUGAGUGGCUCAGGCAUUCAGACCUUGAAACGUAUGUCCUGAGCCCAUCCCCAAGAAGUAUAAUAAAUCUGUUUAUGAAUUUAGACAUUCAGCGUCUCAUCAGGGCCAUACAAUCUGAGUCUCAGACAGCACGAGAAGAACUAAAGAACUAUUUGUCCAAACUGAAUUCUUUCUCAGAUGGAGAAAGAGAUUUACUCUUGACGCUGCCCCUGUUUCAGACAAUGAAAGGAUCCUACGUCACGGCUCAGUCUAAACAGGCUUUGGUUCAGACAUCUGGACCGGUGGUACCCAGAGAGCUGCCUAUGCCUGAUUCAAUAAUCCAGUGUGUAACUGAGGCUGAUCGCAGAUUGUUGAAGCUGCUUAAAUUGACUUUUUUGUGCCCAGCUGAAGCAGGUAUUGUCCUUGUUGAAAAAAUCGAAAAAGGCCACUGCAGCGAUGGAGAAACUGAGAAAAUAAUGACUUGGAUUUUACAGAAUGGCAACAUCCUCUUCUCUCAAAAUCAGUCCCUUAAACGUAGAUGCCAGGAACUGAGAUUCAUAAAAGUCAACGGAGAACUGAGAAAGACUUCAGGGUGUUUAGAUCCAAGAGUUAAAAGCUUUAAGCAAAUCUUUGAUUCAGACUUCUUUCCACCACCUGUGUACACUGAAACAGCACAAAUGUUGGAAAGCCUGACAGAUCUUGGAUUACUAAACAAAGAGUCAGAUUUGGAACCCGGGCAUUUGUUGCGUGCCACCACACUUGUCGAAAAACUACAGGUCAACUCCAAAAGUGAUGCUGUGAAUAAAGCUCAGGUCCUCUUAAAAAUGCUUGAUGCCAAUGAUCUUCUGUCCAAGUUUUCUAAUGAACAGCUUCAUCACCUUAAGAUGGUAAAAUGGGUCCCAUGUGCUCAGCCUGGUGCAAACAACAAACAGACCAGCAAUGACUUAAAGGAAAUGUGUUUCUAUACCCCAGAUGAAAUAAGACACACUCAAUAUGAUGCUAUAGUUGGACAUGUAAUGCCUCUAAUGGGGAACCUUGGUGACAAAGUGAGCUACAAGCUUGGUUUCAAACGUCCGCCUUCACCUGAAAAAGUCAUUGAGAACUUGUCAGUGCUGAAAUUAAAAGCACGGAAAAUGCAUGAUCCUGACACAAACAUGGAUUUCAAAAUAAAGUUGCACAGUAUUUACAGACACAUGCAAGAAAACCUCUCUUCAUUUGGAAAGUUGAUGGACAAGGAACCAUGCUGGCUGUGGGCGCACAACCACUUUGUUUCACCUAAGGAUCUGGUUCUUAACUAUCCAGCCAAUCUAGAUCUGAGCUCUUACAUUGCAAAGGCACCAAUGGAAUUUUUGCCUUUCAAGAAGCUGCUCCAAACAUUUGGUCUGAGAACAUCCCUUACCAAUGAAGACAUUGUUAGGAUUCUCCAUUCUAUCCAGUUAAAUGUUGAUGAAAGAAAACCACCCGUUGCCAGUUCAGAUGAAGUCAAAGUCUCAAUAGAGAUUCUUAACUGGUUGUGGAGAGAGAAGCAGGAAGUUAACGAUGACAUCCCAGUGCCAGUUAUCCUAAAAAAUGGACAUUUCACCCUUACCCCAAGGUCACAGGCACUCCUUUGUGAUGUAGGAAUAAACAAACUGACAGAGCUUCAGUUCAGUCAAGAAGAGUUGUACAUUCUUCAUGAAGAAAUCCCAAUAGCAACAGCUGAGUUUUUACAAAUACGAUUUCUCAGCAACUACAUCCUUGCUCCUGAGUUAGUGGGCAUUGAACAGUGUGGGCAAUCGGAGCCAAUAACCCUGAGGAUUAAAAACAUUCUUAAGGAGUACGAUGAAGAGGGUGAUAUCUUCAAAGAGCUCAUUCAAAACGCCGAAGAUGCUGGAGCUGAUGCUUGUAAAUUUUUGGUGGAUUUCAGAGUACACAGAGGCCCUCCUGAAAGUCUAAUUGAUCCAAACAUGGCCCUUUGCCAGGGACCGUGUCUUUGGGCCUUUAAUAAUGAGCAGUUUACAGAGGAGGACUGGAAAAACAUUGUCAGAGUUGGAUCUGCUUCAAAAGAACAAAAACGGGAAAAGAUUGGAAAAUUUGGACUUGGCUUCAAUACUGUUUAUCAUAUAACAGAUAUUCCUUCAAUCCUCAGCGGCAGCAGCCUUCUGAUACUUGAUCCAAAUGUAACUCACCUUAAGAAGCACAUUCAACACCACACAAAUCCCGGAAUCAAGCUGGAUCUCUCUCAAAAGAGACACUUUAACUGCUUUCCGGGUCAAUUUGGACCUUUUGAAGGCAUCUUUGACUGUAACUUCACUAAAAGUCCCCCAGAUCCCUUCACUGGCACCCUGAUCAAGCUACCUUUUCGAAGUGAAGAGGAAGCUCUAAAGUCAGAAAUAAGCACUAAAGUUUAUCACAAACAUGACAUCAAUGUCUUACAGCAGAAUUUUACAAAUAACUCACAAAUGCAUUUGCUUUUUCUCAAGAACAUCACUUCAUUGUCUCUGCAAAGCAUCUCAAACGAUGCAUCAACCCCACCAAGGGAUGGAGAGAUAAAAACCACCCUGACCGUUUCAAAGGCUACUGUCAACUCAAUGUUGAUUGCAGAUGGAACCAGAGUAUCAGAGCAACAUCAAGCUGUGAAAAAACUAAUGCAACUUGACAGUAAAUGCAAAGAAAUAAUUGACAGCAGCACAAUCACCAUUGUUGAGGUCACUAGCCAGCAGUUUGGUCAAACUGAACAAGAAUCUUGGCUCAUUUACAACUGUUUUGGGACCGCUCAGUCCUUGAAAAUGGCGCUUCAGCCUCAAAAGAAAGUUACAUUCUGUUUGCCCAUUGGGGGGAUUGCUAUUCCCCUGAAAAAAGAUCCCCAAACUGGAACAUUCUCUCCUCUACAAACGGAUCGUGUUGGUCAGACAUUUUGCUUCCUACCUCUUCCCAUUCACACCGGUCUUCCUGUGAAUGUAAAUGGAACAUUUGCUGUGAUGAGCAACAGAAAAUGCCUGUGGGAAAGUGGAGUGAAACAAGAGUGGAACAUGGCUCUUCUUCAAGAUCCUGCAACAACGGCAUAUGUCACCGCACUUCUGGCACUAAAGGAAAUGUCUGAAAAGAAGGAACUGGAGGCUUACACUUACCACACCUUUUGGCCAGAAAGGGAGAAAGUACGUAAUAAUUUUAAGCCUUUGGUGGAUGCAUUCUACUCUGCCAUCGCUCACCCCUCCACUGGCCCUGAGCUCUUCAGUGAUGGAGAAAAUUGGUGCUCAAUGAACAAUGCCAUAUUUCUACAUGAGAAGAUUGAAGAAAAUAAGAAAAUCAGUGCACUGGCAGCUGAAAUGUGCAAGAAAUAUGCAAAAGGAUCUUACUGUGUGGUUCCUCUUCCACGGUGGUUGAGAAAUACCUUCAAACAGGCUGGCCUCGAAAAGGAUUUACAAAACAGGAUAUGGACCUGGGAAAGGUUUUACCAGGAAGUGGUUUUCAAAAACCUUGAAAUCAUGGAUCCCAAGAGCAGAGAUACUCUUGUGCUGCAUGCUAUUGACCUGAAUAGCAAAGAAAUUGACAGUCUUCUGAUUUGCCAUCCUUGCAUACCCACAACAAAUGGAAAUCUUCAGUACAUCAAGAAACUCGUCAGUCCAGAAGGAAGAGUGGCUUGUCUUUUUGAUAGGGAAGAGGGAUGCUUGCUUGAAGGAACCCAAAAAGACUUCAGGUCCCCCAAAAGAACUCAGCGCCUGUUGGAACUUGGAAUGGCGAAAGACAAUCUUCCAUUGGAGGACAUCACACAGAAAGCAGGUACAAUGACUAGUGUCUGGAGUGUUGAUCAAAAGAAAGUGUACGAGCGUUUGAAGUGCAUUCUUGAACUUCUUAAGAGUCACAAGGAAGACAGUGACUCUGUGCAAUGGACAACAUUGCGGGACACAGCAUUUCUCCCAGCAUUUUCCCCUGGCGACAUCAAAAAAGAAAGGAGUGCAACUCUUAAAAGGCCCACAGCAGUUUUCAGUGACACGUGCUCACUGCUUGUUAACAUGACGCAUCACGUGCUGGAUCACACUGGUCUGAAUAUACACAGCACGGAUCCGAUCCUAGAACUUUUGGGAGUGCAUAACAAUCCAGAACCAGAGAUGGUUAUUCAGCAGCUGCAAGAAACCUGCAAGCAAUCACAAUCAACUGACACCUCAAUGCUGCCCAAAAUAGUAUUCGAGUGCUACAAGUUUCUUGAUCAGUGUGUCAGUGGAUGUGAGAAUACCACUUUGAUAUCACAGCAAGCAAAUUCAUUCCCAUUCAUCUUUACUGGCAACAGAUUUGUAAAUGUCACUUGUGUGGCUGAGAAAGAGCAGUUUGAAGCGAGACCUUAUCUCCAUGUUCUUCCACCCGUCUAUGCUCGUUUCAGGAAUCUCUGGAAGACUGUAGGUGUCGAAGAAAAGUUUUCUGUCAGCCAGUUUCUCACAGUGCUCCAGAAACUUCAGUCUCAGCAUGGGAAGCAGCCACUGCCUAAAAGCGAUUUAUCAAUUUGCUUAACAAUUUUAAGCAAAGGGAUUUUUGAAGCAGAAGAAAAAACAGCCGAUGACUGUCUGAUACCAAAUGUGCAUGGAGUUUUACAACCAGCAAAAGAGCUCUUUUACAAUGACAGCCCAUGGAUGCCAGUUGCUUCUGAUAUCGCAUUAUGUCAUGAAAAUAUCCCACGCGUUAUGGCUUGCCACUUUGGAAUCAAAACAACCAAACAUCAUACUCUGGACCAAUGCACAGCUGAGAUAUCCCCGUAUGCUUUUCAUUUUGCACAAAAUGAAGACCUAACUGUCCGAAUAAAAAACAUCCUUUCAGCCUACCCAUCAAAGAAAGACAUUCUCAAAGAACUAAUUCAAAAUGCUGACGAUGCUGAAGCAACAGAAAUUCAUUUUGUUUGGGACAAACGACAGCAUGACAAAGAGAAGACAUUUGGAGAAAGGUGGAACGGUCUGCAGGGUCCGUCUCUUUGUGUAUUCAACAACAAAGUGUUUUCUGAUGAAGACCUUGUUGGCAUUCAACAGCUUGGAGAAGGGGGAAAGCAAAACUUACAAGGCAAAAUAGGUAAAUACGGACUUGGAUUCAACUCUGUUUACCACCUGACUGACUGUCCUUCCAUCGUUACUGGAGAUAAGCUACUUUGUAUUUUUGAUCCCAAUAAGAAAUACAUUGAGAGUCAGUCCGACAAACCUCUCGCUGGCAUUGGCUACCAUCUAGCUGAAACAUUCAAGGAUAUGUACAUGGAUGUCUACAAAACCUUCCUUCCUGACAAAUUUUCUCUUCAAGAGGGCACCAUGUUCAGAUUACCUCUGAGAAGGAGUAGCGGUGUCGAAAACUCUAAGAUCUCACAUCAUGAGGUCACUGAUAAUGACAUGCAUGAACUUUGCUCAGCCCUAUCUGAAGAUCCAGAAGGACUGAUCCUGUUCCUGAAAAACAUCUGCAAAGUACAAGUUCAUGAGAUCAACGAAAACUCUGGAAACCUCAAGACUAUCUUUGUUGUUGAAAAGCAUUUGCCACAAGGGAGUAAGGAGCAAAAACAGGAUUUUGCAAAGCAUUUGGAAAAUGCACUUAAAUCAGAGAAAGCAGUCACUCUUCAAAAGACUUUCUAUCAAACAACCAUUUCUACUUCUGACAACCGAAAAAGCGAGUGGAUGAUUGCAGAACAGUUUGGCUCCUUCAAAGAAAAUGACUUACAAUUAACAGACAAACUUCCACAGGCAGCAAUUGCUGCACGUUUGAGCGUGAAUGGCCCCAACCCAUCACAGUCCAGCAAAGGGGAUUUUGAAGGCACAGCAUUUUGUUCACUUCCCCUGCCUGGGAAAACUGGGCUGCCAGUACAUGUUAAUGGAAACUUUGAGGUUGAUUCUGCUAGAAAAAGCCUUUGGAAGGAAGAUGGACAAAGUCUGAAAUUAAACUGGAAUAAAAAUCUGAAACAAAACAUUGUUGCUCCACUUUAUGCAGAUCUCUUGAAUUGCAUCAGACAACAACUAAAAGCCAAGACCACUUCUUAUUUGAGCAUUCAGUCAUAUUUGAAACAUUCAUACUUUUGCUUUUGGCCAAUCAUGUCUCAUGAUGUUGGUCAAGAGUGGCAUGGAAUGAUAAGGGAAGUAUACAAGUCAAUUGAAGAGAAAGUUCUUGAUGUGAUUCCAGUUCUGACAAGCUUAAAAAGCAAAGUAGCAGGUCGAGAAAUUAAAGCUUAUCGUUUUGACUGGUGUAGCCUCAGCGGAAAGGGGACAAUCAAUGCACCAUACCUGACAGAUGCAGCGAGUGAAACGGUUACGCCUAUUUUGGAAAGUCUUGGAAUGAAAUUGGUUCCUUCUGUUGCCUACAACAUUUGGAGAAGUUUUAGAUCUGCUGGUGUGGAGGUGAAAAAUGUCAGUCCCACUUCUGUGUGCACUUUCCUGAAAGCAAAACCUCUCAAUGAUCCAACCCAAACAGACAGUGAUUUACCAUUGCCUGUCGCUGCCACUCUGAUCAAAGAUGAACAAACUUGUUCUGAACUCCUGAAGUUUUGUUUGGCUGAUGCACAGAAAGUUAAAGCCAAGAACGUUUCUACUUUGCUUGAUGGACUUCCACUUCUUCUCACAAAAACAAAGGUUUUGAGCUCAUUUAACUCAAAAUCCCCGAUGCUAAUUUCCAGAUAUGAUAACCUUUUCAUUGGCUUUGAGGACAUAUUUGCCGAUUAUAAAAUCAACAAUGAAUACAUCAGUCUUCUACAAACUGUCAACCUUGUUGAGAAGAUGACACUUCCCAGAGCAACGGAAUACCUGAAACCAAUAAUGCAGCAUCUUCUUCAGAGCUGUGAAGUUGACCCAGACAGUGGCCUUUUUGUCCCAGACGAUACCAUGACGAAGUGGUUAGAUUCCUUUUGGUGGUUCAUCUCAAAUGAAAUCACAUUUACACCUACUGCUUCUGACCAGUGUCUGACAUUAAGUGAUGUGAGGAAGCUCUUCAGUGACUGCUGCAUUCUUCCUGUUAGGGGUCCGGACCACAAACGCUUCCUUCAAAAAAUGAAAAACAUGUCAAGUGUGAUUCCAUUUGUGUCUGAUAAAGACAUGUCACACAUCCUCAUUAAGCUGGGUUUCAUGCAGUUUAACUACGUGUUCUUUUCAAGUGGACUCACCCAACUGACUUCAGGUCUACAGGCCGAGCUCAUGAAUGUGAACGACAAAAGCGCCGUGCUGAACGAGGUCUGCAACAUCAACCACUCACAGUUUUGUCACCUUUCAAUGGAUGAAACAAAUACAUUACAGAACUUUCUGCAAUCUGGAUUGUCCAAAUCUCAAAAUUGUCAAGAUUAUGAGUGGAAACUAAAAUCCUUACCGAUUUUUGAAACAACUGAGGGUGAACGAGUAACAAUUAAUGGACCCAAAGGCGUAUAUGUCCUCAGCUGCACAUAUAGAGGAACAUUUCCAGAUUUGUUCAGUCUGUCCAGCACCAACAGCAUUUUCCUCAAGUGCAGUUCAGAAAAUUUUGCUCUUUCACAAAUGUUAGGCAUUAAGAUCAUGAACGAUUUGGAGUAUUUCAUGAAAUUCAUUCUGCCUGCUGUACAUACACUCAAAGAAAAGGAGAUUCUUGACUGCCUUAUGCUGUUAAUGUUACUGGAUUUUUCCCAACACAAAGACCAAAUCAUUGCAUCAAUGAAAUCGCUGAAACUGAUCUGCAGUUCUCAAGGUAGACUGGAGCUUGCCUCGUACUACUUUGAUGACACGGUUGAGCUUUACAAGAAAAUGAUGCCACAAGAGCGAUUUGUGCCCAAGACAUUUUGGACAAAUCUCUGCAAAGGGAAUGAAGAAAGAGAAUAUAAAGCAAGAAGCUUUGUCAAAGCACUUGGAAUGAAACACGACGUGUCAACAGAAGAUAUAAUUAACUUUGCAAAACAGCUGGAAGCAGAAGCACGAGGAAAUGGCAAACCCGAAGAGCUGAAAAAGAAAUCAACAUCCCUUUUCAAGGAAGCCUUGGGUAAAGUGAGCAGAAACAAGGAUGAAAAUUUGCUGAGAAGCAUCUCUAACAUCAAGUUCAUUUUUCCAGUGAAGAUUCGGGGAGACCUUUGCAACUAUCAUAAAUCAUUUGCUACAGAGAACACUACUGUUCAGAUCAGAGGAUCUCUGAUUGAUAAAGAUCCAAACCAUCAGCAACUGAUUUGGUCCUCCAUGCCAAUCAUACAUCUGCCAAUUUACAUCACCCAAGAGCUUAAACAAAUGAUGAAAAAUGUAGGAGCUCAUGAACAGCCACCCUCACAAUAUGUGACCACCAACAUGAGGAACAUCUGUCAAUCACCAUGUAAAAACGAACAGCAGAUCACAGCUCGUGCUGAAGUGUUUCGACACGCUUAUGCCUACCUACAGGCCAAUGACUUUGAUGGGCAAUCACUGGCAGGUCUCCCUGCAGUCUUGGUUGAAGAUGAUACACAGCUUUUUAAAGCUGAUGAUGUGUGUCUUUCACUUGAAUUUGACCUUGAUUUUCGACCAUACUUGUACAAAAUUACUUCAAAAGAUGCCAUGUUUGCAGAGUUCUUCAAAAAAAUUGGUGUAAAGAAAGAAGCUACUGCAGUGCACUACAGUAACGUCCUGGCAGCUGUUUAUGCUGAUUCAUGUGAUAAAAAACAUCCACAUGAAAAGAUGUUGCUUACUGUAAGACGAGCAGUGCAUCAGUUGUUUUGCCUGAUGAAAACUCAUGGAAACCAAGUCUUCACUGCUGACUGUCAGACUUUGCAUCUUCCGGCCGUAGAUGGAAAGUUAUACCCAUCCAAUUCACUCUAUUACAACGACACGGUGUUUGAGGUCAAACGGUUGGAAGAAGCUCUGGAGGGCAAGUUCCUGUUGCUCGAGAAACUGAGUAAAUGUCAUUUGGGCAAAGACGUGUAUGAGCAUCAUCGACUGGUACAACUGUUGCCUCAAAGAUCUCAGCCCAAAAUGCUGUCUCAGAUCACUGAAGAGCAAUUGGUGGAACCAGAUAUUGAGCUUUGUGAACUUGGAGAUGGAUGUGAGUUUGGUGGAUGGUUUGAGAAACAUCUCUCUUCGAGGGCGUUCAAGCAUGGAUUGAUUUGUCUCCUCAGGCACCAGUCUCAGGGAAAUCUAACCCAACAAGAAGAAACCAAAAUGUUUGAGAAGAUUUUUGGCUGCAUUCAAAUUGUCUGCUGCAAAUCCCUAGCGACAGUUUUAUGCCUGAGCAAACAGCCACUGCCCAGAACUGCCAGGGAAACUGAUGUCUAUGUGAAACGAGAGGAAUCAAGAUGUGUCUUUCACUUAAAACACAAUGACAACAUGGCUCCAAAAGUGCUCAGUGAAGUUAAUAUGUUUUUGGCAAAGGAGAUUAUUGCUCUUUUAAAUUAUAGGAUUUCAUCCUCACACUUGACAGUGCUUGGACAUCUUCUGAUGUGUGAUGAUCUGGACGAUGUUAAGAAAACUCUUGCAAGGAAUAACAUCCGUGACAGUGCUGAAACGGAAAGUGGCGAUCUCAAUUCAUCACCCCAUGGGUCAGAAAUUCCAGAGGAAUGGUACGACUCAUUGGACAUGAGCUUCCUGAACAACUUUGAACUGGGGGAGUAUGUUGGCUACAGCAUUAACAACAAGUACAUUUAUGCCAUCAUUGUGGAAGAGUUUCCUGGGCUCUCUGGAAGGUGUUCCCAGAGAUACACAAUAGAUAUUGGAGAUGAUCAGGUUAAAGCCAGUCACCUUGAUUUGUAUCAAUUCAAACGAGGAAAAAAGAAGCCAAGACCAGAAGAUGUAGCAUGCUCAUCAUCUAUGGAGCUGGUUCUAGUUGAAGGAGCGGUGCCACACUCUUCCCAAACAUCACCAAAGACUUUACCUUCUUCUUUAGAUGAAGCUAAAAAGGAGAUUGAUGAAUGUCUGGCUCAGAUCUGGAGUCUUACAGAGGACGAAAGGCGCAAAGGCAUACGGAGACUGUAUCUUAGAUGGCAUCCGGACAAAAAUCCUGACUGCCAAUCUCUUGCCACGGAGGCAGUCAAGUAUUUGCAAAAUCGAGUUAAUGAACUCAGCAGGGGCAAGGGCAGCAGCAAGUCAGGAAGUGCAUCCUAUUCAAGCGGAACCUCGGCUUACAGCAACUUCUACCAGCAAUGGGAUCAAGAGGCCAGGCAUCACAGAAGUGGUCGAGAAAGACAUUUCAGGAAUCACCGUUCGUACAACUUUUGGGCUCAUAACACAAACAUUCCAAAGCCAGAAAAAGAGGAGGCUCAGCGCUGGUUCAAACAGGCUCGCUGCGAUCUACACGCGGCUCAAAAGGACACGGGUGAAGGAAGCACAGAGUGGUGUCUCUUCAAGGUCCAUCAAGCAGUUGAAAAAGCUCUCAUUGCUGUAGAGCUUAAGCGUAGCGGUACACAACUCAGCAACAGCUCCAUUUUAGUCAUCGCAGCUAAAGUUUCCUCUUACCACUCUCAGCUGAGAGACCUGCCUGAAAUUGUGCAGGAACUGAAGAAACUGGGAGUGGAUGCUAAAAAGACUCAGUACCCCAACUACCAUCCAAAUCCUCGCAUUCCUAACGAACAGUUCAGAUCACAAGAUGGAAUCACAGCCCUGAACAAAGCAUCCGAGCUGCUCCGUAAAGUAGAAGUGUAUAUAAGCUAAACAGAUGGAUGGUAUGUGUGGUGGCGAUUCCUUGUUUGUCCAACCAAUUUCCUUAGUGUUUGAAAUCCUUAAGCCACUGCUGCACUGAAGUGAUUUUUUGUACACAGGCAAAAGAAGUCCAAUAUCCAAACGAUCUUAACUGUUGAAUAUUUUUGGUGUUUCAUCCAACUUGGAAAGUACUAUAUACAUCUCCAUUUCCUGCAGCUUCUCCUGCUCUGGUAAAAAAAACUAUAGGCCCACCCCAGUGCAUGCUGGUCCAACACCAGUCCCCAUAUUUAUAGAAAACAAAACACCUUUUCUUCCUGGCUGAUUCUCACAGGCAAAACAAAAAUAAAUAAACUCAUCAUUAACCAACAAAUAUACCCAAUGAAUAACCCAACAACUGUAAGUAACCCAAAUAGCUCUGCAAAGAAAGGAAAAAAAUUGUGCAUCCAAGCAGCUGGUUCUUCAAUUGUUGAACAUAUUUAUUACUUUUUGUUGCUAAACUGUGUAAUCAAUGUAUGUUCACUUUUUCAUUGCUUCCUUUACAAAUGUAAAACAGUCGGUGAGGUUUUGAGUCACUAUAAAACAUUUUUAUUGUGAACAUUCCUACUGUAAAAUGUUUGAGCUCAUUUUUUUAUGACUAAUUCACCGGCAUUGUUGUGAAGUGUCUAAACCGUUCAUUGAAUUAGUAUUUUGAACAAUUAUUACAUGUUAUUGAAAACCAUAAUGGCAGUUAUUCAUUGUUCAUUCAGUUGAAAUGAAGCCUAAUGAUGACAGAUGGAAGUACAAACAUCAGUGAAAAUAAUGUUUUUUAUUGUUUUUUGCUCACACGUAUACUUCGGCCAGCUUUAUUCCUUUUCCUUGUUGAUCUAAAUAACUUUUUUUGAAAUAAAUAAAUAUUGAGGAAGAGUCA